GCUUAUCCAAGACCAGCUCGAGCGCACGAGUCCAAGAGAGUGAAGAAGGGCCCCAAGAGAGAGGAAACGGUGGCUCAGAUGAUCGACAAGGUGUUCACGAUAUCGAUGCUACUGACAUGGAAUGUGGUGAGACAGGAAGAUCUCAAACCUGGGGAUCACAUCUAUACUUAUCGGCUAUAUGGCUUGUACACCCAUCAUGGAAUCUAUGUUGGAGAGGGCUAUGUGAUUCACUUCACAAGAAUGGGAGUCGACAAGACGAGUCUCGAUUGCUUCCGGCGAGAAGGCGAGAAACUCCAUCCCCUCCACUCAUAUGCAUAUGGGCGGCCACCACUAGAGUAUUGGCUGACGAGAUGGGGGACUUGCACAACCUUGCCCGUUACCAAAUCCCCCCAAGAAGUCGUGAACAAGGCUCGCGAGCUUCACAAGGGCGACGGUUUUGGCGAGUACGAUCUCAUAAAUAACAACUGCGAGCAUUUCGCCUCGUUUUGCCAGACCGGCGUUCGGGCAAGCGCACAGACAGCACUGGUCGGUGCUUGCAAGGGAAAAAUCAAGAAAGCCAAAGAAUGGUUGGCAAUUUAUAUUGCAAUUGAUCUUUAGUCGGCAAGAUAUAUUUCUUUAUGAUAAUGUAAAGGGCACGACCAUAAGUCAGACAAUAUAUCGCUCAACCAUUCCCAAAUGGAGAAUUAAAAUGUGCACACACUAAUUAGGAUUAGAUAGUCAUUUGAAAAAAAAAUUACAUGAAUUAAAGUACGCUCAAUCAAAUUCGAACCAACAAUGAAACGCCAGGAGAGAAUUAUGAUUGGAACUAUGCUCGUCAUUUUGUCAAAUGUGGGAAGAUCGAGUUCAACGAGAAACAAAGUUGGUUUUCUUGUUGCACAACUUGCACUUGAAUUUCAUGUAAGUAUUCUUACAAAGUUAUG